AGAUAAUAUUUUCUUAUAAAUAUUCUUAAGACAUUGAAAUUCCGAAAGUCAUGAUAUAUUAUUUAUUUAACAGUGUUAAUUUUAAAACAAUAUAAUCAAUAAAUUGGUUUAUUUAUUGUUUUUAGGUACCUACUAUUGAAAGAAAAUCAUCAACUAUAAGUAAAAGAGAUUAAAUUGGAAUCAUUUAUUUGAAUUCAUGUGUAGUUUAAAGAGAAAACUUUGCAAAAUACAACUGAUCUGAGAAAAGAAAUGGAGUCCAAUAUUAACUAUAGAUACAGCUUUAAAUCCAUUUUCGCUCAAAGCUUGGCAUUAGCUGGACCGUGUUUCAUACAGACCGGGAUCGGCAUAGAAAUCACGUGUUCAACAAUAAUUAUUGGAGCAUUGGCUAGCGAUAAGAGCAAAAACGGACUGCCACCAUUGACAGACGAACAAGCAUCUUGGUUCGGUAGUCUUCUGUUCUUGUUCACGCCCCUGGGCAGCGCACUAUCUUCGUUGACGCUAGGCCAUUUCGGUCACAAGACGUGCAUGAUAAUAACCAACUUGCCGUUCAUAGUGUCGCAGAUCAUGUUCUUUUACGCCAACAGUGUCGAGACGUUGUAUGCGUGUUCGAUGCUGAUGGGGAUUAGCGUCGGAUACUCGGGAGGCCCGUCUUCAGCCUACAUUGGCGAGGUGUGCGAGCCCAAGCUUAGGGGCGCGCUGAUGUCGGCGACGAACGUCUUCUACUUCGUUGGCUCGUUGCUGUUCACAUUGAUAUACGCUAUCACAUUGGAAUGGAGGCUGACCGUGCUCAUCGGCAUGUCAAUCCCGAUCGUGACCAUUGCCAUACUGUUUAUGACGCCGCAAUCUCCAAUGUGGUUGUUGACCAAAGGCGAACCCUUAAAGGCUCAGCAAACGCUUGGUAAAUUGAGAGGGUGGCCGUCACACGAAACAGGUUCAAGCAAAGAGUUCAGAGAAAUGAUAGCUUAUACGUCUACAACUAUGGUACAUGAAGAUGACGACACCGAGACAGGCGCAACGAGUUCUUGGGGACAACUCCUUCGGCCUGAAGUGUACAGACCGUUCCGUCUGUUGAUGGUGUACAUUUUUUUUGCGAAUUUAUUGUCUGGAAUACAGUACGGACCUUAUCUAGUGGCAGUGUUUACUGAAUUCGGUGCACCCAUUAACGUCGAGUUUACAUUAGCGUUUUCAGUAUUUUUAUCAACGAUUGGAGGAAUAAUGACGAUAUUUUUGAUCAGCAAACUUGGCAAACGAUUCCUCACGUUAUCGACGUUAUUAAUUUGCUCAAUUUGUUAUAUAUUAAUUGGAUUAAUCGGUGUGUAUUGGACGAACUCAAAACCUAUAACUUCUUGGCUGGUGUUAAUACUCUUUCUAACUACUACUUUCAUGUCAUCGCUUGGGAUAAUGCCUAUCGCAUGGGUACUUCUUACCGAGAUAUUUCCAAUGAAGAGUAGAAACAUUACCUGCAGCGCUGGAGGGGCAAUGGGUUACUUAAUAUCUUUCUUCAUGAUCAAGUAUUAUCUUGAGUUGUCCAACUUUGUGAACUUUUACAAUACAUUUACUUUAUUUGGUAUUUCGGGUUUAUUUGGUACUGUAUAUUUCUAUUUUUAUUUACCAGAAACUGAAAACAAAACAUUACAAGAAAUAUCUGAAUUUUUCAAAUAGAAUGGUAGUUAUUAUUAUUUAAAUACAAAUUAGAUGCAAUUGUUAAUAAACACAUCAAAAAAAGGUAAAUUUGAAGCGAAGUAGAAGACACUCAACCACGCUACCCAAACCUACUAUACAUUUAUGUUUGUUCAGAUAGGAGAUCGCGAUCUCUGUACCGUUGGUGUUUACGCUUGAAUGGUCUAGUUUUAAAAUUUAAAUUAAAUUUAUAUGUUACUAAACCACCCUAGUCAAGUUUGUAAUAUUAUGUUGUUAUUAUUUGUUUUAUAAAAUAUGUGUUUAUUAGAUAUAUCAUUAAAGUAAAUUACGAGAAAAAAAGGUAAAUAUUUAAUUUAGUGCAUACAUAUAAUAAUAUAAUUACCUACAUAUUUUUAUACAAUCAAUGAACAUUAUGUUGUGUUCAACAUAUAUUUUUUUUAAAUACCUACUUCUAUGUUUAUUAUUAUUUAUUAUUCAUGUAAUUACUGUUAUUUUAAUGUUUUAGUCAUACUUUUUUGUAUCACCUUUGAAAUAUUUAUUUUUAUUAAUAUAAUAUUUUAAUCUAAUACUGUAAUAUUCUUCACGUUUAAUAUAAAAUGUUUAAUUUUGGUUUAAUGUUUAAACACUAUAAUACCUCGUUAAAUAUUUCUCAAUAAUAUGAAUAUU